AUGAGCUCUGUUGGUAGGAGUGACUUGGAACCUCAGGUGGCAGUGCCACUCUCGUCACAACUCGCUUUCAAACCCUCUGCCAUAUACGCGUCCCUCAUGAGUUGGCGAAUAGGCAUACAACGACAAAUUUUGCGACGUGAAUUGACUUCUGUAAAACCCUACAGAACGGACGACGACGAGUAUAAAAAGCCAAACCCAGAAGAAGACCCAAUUGAUAGAGACUACCGAAGAAAGUUUGAAGCGUUUAGACUUUAUGGAACAGGAGCCCUUUUAGCCGGAGGUGGAACAAUCUGGUACAUCACCCAUCUAGAACAAGUUCCAGAGACAAAAAGAUGGAGAUACAUGGACGUCAACCAGAGAAUGCGUAAAAUGCUGGAAGAGCAGAGUUAUGAACAACUCAUGCAAGAAAUUGGACAACAAAUAGUGCCGGCAUCUCAUCCUGCGACAAAAUGGGUACAGGCCGUCGCUGAGAAAUUGAUCGCAAAAAAUGGUUUGGGUCACGUCGUUAGUCGACCAACCUCAUCAAAAACUGAUCAAAAAGAGGACGAGUGGCUCGUAUACGUGGUCGACCAAGACAUCCCGAACGCAUUCGUCAUCCCAGGUAAACAUGUUGAGGACGAGGAUCAGCUGGCCGGAAUAUUAGCGCACGUGGUUGGACACUCGCUAGAAAAGGUCUCAUUGACCCGACUGAUCGUCGUGAUGGAUAUCGCCUUGCAAGUCAUCCUCGGUACCAAUACGAAUCUAGGAGCACUCGCCCUUCAGUUCUUCAUUGGGCUUCCCAACUCUCGUAUGCAAGAACUGGAGGCAGACCUUGUCGGUUUACGGUUGAUGUCAAAAGCCUGCUUCGAGCCAAAUGCUGUCGUAAAGUACGGUCAAAAGCUAUCCUAA